CUGGGGCUUCCGUAGUUUCCGCUUCCGGUCUUGGGCAGGCUGUGAGUCCGCUGAAGCCUGAGGGCGGCGGUGAGAAAUCCCGGGCUAGGGAGGAGAGUUUUUUACCCGAUCCUUGCGUAGGUCCUGCAGAGUGGAGACUUAAAUCGGAGAUCAUGGCAAGACAUCUGAAGUUCAUUGCCAGGACUGUGAUGGUACAAGAUGGGAACGUGGAAGGUGCAUACAGGACACUGAACAGAAUCCUCACCAUGGACGGGCUCAUUGAGGACAUUAAGCGACGAAGGUACUAUGAGAAACCCUGCCGUCGCCGACAGCGGAAAAGCUAUGAAACCUGCCGGCGGAUCUACAACAUGGAAAUGGCUCGAAAGAUCAACUUCUUGAUGCAGAAAAAUCGGGCGGAUCCAUGGCAGGGCUGCUGAAGCCUGUGGAUAGGAGGCCCACAUCCAGUUAUCCAGUUUUGUGUCUCCACCGCUUCUUUCUUGAAACCCACUUUGUUACCUUUCUCUAUAAUAAACUCAGUCAUAUAUAUGCAA